ACACAUGCCCAUCUGGCCCGCCCCCCCUCUCACUGCUCUCUCUAUCCCCAGUGAAUCCACCGCUACAUUCACUGGGCCCUUGGCAGGGAAAUAGAGGUACGAAUGGAGACAGAAGGGAGCCAGACUAGCCUGUCCUCUCCGGAUUCCCCCCACGACCCCUGCAAAAUGUUCAUCGGGGGGUUGAGUUGGCAGACCACGCAAGAGGGACUCAAGGAACAUUUCAGAAAAUUCGGGGACGUGAAGGAGUGCAUGGUAAUGAGAGAUCCAGUUACAAAGCGAUCAAGGGGGUUCGGAUUCGUUACUUUCGUAGAUCAGACUGGUGUAGAUAAAGUUCUGGCACAGCCCAGACACGAACUGGAUUCCAAAACUAUUGACCCGAAAGUGGCAUUCCCCCGUCGAGCACAGCCCAAGUUAGUGACCCGGACGAAGAAAAUCUUUGUGGGUGGCCUGUCUGUCAACACCACUAUCGAGGACGUCAAGCAGUACUUCGAUCAGUUCGGCAAGGUGGAUGAUGCCAUGCUGAUGUUCGACAAGACGACCAACAGACACAGAGGUUUUGGGUUUGUGACGUUUGAAAACGAAGACGUUGUGGAGAAAGUGUGCGAGAUUCACUUCCACGAAAUCAACAACAAGAUGGUGGAGUGCAAGAAGGCCCAGCCGAAGGAAGUGAUGUCACCGACUGGCUCUGCCAGGGGGCGGUCCCGAGUGAUGCCGUAUGGGAUGGACGCGUUCAUGCUGGGAAUCGGCAUGCUGGGUUACCCAGGGUUCCAAGCUGCUACCUAUGCCAGUCGCGGCUACACUGGCCUCACUCCUGGCUACACCUACCAGUUUCCCGAAUUCCAUUUAGAGAGGACCCCCCUCCUGACUUCACCCCACCCCUCUGAGAUGACAGCGAUCCCUCUGACAGCAUAUGGACCAAUGGCGGCGGCAGCAGCAGCGGCUGCAGUGGUGAGAGGUGCAGGUAGGGGGUGCUGUUUUGUUCUCUCACCAGGCUCCGCCCAGACUCGCACUGGGGGCUUCCUUGGCACCAGCAGCCCCGGGCCCAUGGCUGAACUGUACGCCGCAGCCAAUCAGGACUCUGGAGUGGGCAGUUACAUCAGCGCUGCCAGCCCCGCCCCCAGCACUGGGUUUGGGCACAGCCUGGGGGGCCAAUUGAUUGCCACAGCUUUCACAAACGGCUACCACUGAAGAGAGCGGGGCGAGGCUUCCUAUCUGCCAGUAAGAAGGCGGGGUUAAAGUUACUGUGGACCAAUGAAUUUCUUUUUAUUGUUGCGUUCCUACAAAGCUGCACACUGAUUUGACUGCAGUAGCCCUAACUGACUCUGACUUCUGACUCCGCCCGCCGACUGAAGAUCAUUCUCUUCCCCUUCCUGUACUAACGUCACUCCCUCUCCCCCUCUUUCUUGUAUUUAUUUUCACAGUGGUAGCAUUUUGAAGCUUUUAUUGUCUGUCUUUGCUUUUUGGAAGUAGGUAGUGCUUUCUUUAAAACAAACAAAAAAAAUGUUUUGUGAUUUGUUAGAAACUUGCUAAGGAUUGUUUUUUUUUUCAUUAAGAUUUUUCAGGUUUGUUUUGUUUUGGGUUAAUUAAUUAUUUUGUCCAGAAGUAACAAAAGCAUUUUCACGAUCACCAAACUCCAAGGCGGGGGGGGGGGGGGGGGGGGG